CUCAUCUACAGUAGUGAGCAGUGAUUGGUUGACUAGAAUAGGACUCUUAUCUGCAAACGUGAAUAUCUAUGAUUUUGGAGGUAGCGUCGCGUGAUGAAACAUGGCGGCUAGCAACUUGGAAUCGUCUUACGUUGAAGAAGGUUCGUUUGCGACAAAUCUAAACGAAAGCAAGGAAGCAACAAACGUUUACCAGGAAGCAGCUGUUUAUUUGGAAGAGGGUAUCGACAAUGACAAGUUUGACACUCAUCCUAAGACUCAGGAACAGUACAAAGCCUUUCGACGCUGUCAUAACCAUGUCUACUAUAUCACAGAAGUUCUAACUCCUUUCUGCCUGAUGCUGUUGGCGUUAGUUGAAGAACCGGCUGCAAUUAUGGGUUUACCUUUUGGGAUUUAUGGUAUUUUUGAAGUUCUGUUUAUGGGUGUGCUGAUUACACUGAUGGUUAUUCGUGGCAAAUGGCUUGGAUGGAAAAAAUUGUUUCGUCAGAGACGAACAAUUGUGAAGACUGUUCUGAUCAUUGGUUUGUUGAUUGAUGCAUUUGUUGAAAUGGGAACUUCUGCCCAUCACUACAGAUAUUUGCGAGCUCUUCGGCCACUUCUUUUGUUUGAUGCUUACUACUUGGCAGGAUUGAGACGAAUUACACGUGACAUCUUUUACUCUCUGAUCCCUAUUUUGGACAUGCUCAUACUAGUGAUGUUUUUUCUCUUAAUUUUCUCUCUCUUUGGUUUUUUGCUUUUCUCCAACAUAGAAGGCGACCAGUACUUUCAAACAUUCAAGAGCAGUUUUGUGCAGAUGUUUGUGCUGCUGACAACAUCAAAUCAUCCAGAUGUUAUGACUGUGGAGUAUGACGUUAAGCCAUGGUCAGCACUUUUCUUUGACAUAUUUCUUCUCAUUGGUUUAUACCUCUUGCUAAAUCUGUUCCUUGCUGUUGUCUACAGCACAUUUGGUGACCAUGAGAAGAACAAGUUCAUGAAACUAUAUCUCCACAAACGAGCCGCACUAAUGAAAGCUUUCAACCUAAUCGUCAAAGAGAAAAAUGGGGUCAUGAAGUAUAACCAGUUUAAAGAACUGAUGAAAUACUUCAAACCGAGAAUGAACCAUGUUGAAAUUGUAUGUUGUUGUAAAGUCCUUGAUCAGGAUGGCACUGGGAGUAUACAACUCAGCCAGUUUUUGGACUUGUUUCUUUUCUGUGACAUGCGCUGGGUGCAUAUGAAAAAAGGUCGAGAGCACGGUCGAUGGUACGAUAUGCCAAGAUGCCCUGUUGUGUUAUCGAAGUGUGGCAAAGUGGUUGGCCGAGUUGUUGAGCAUAAAUACUUUCAUUUUCUUGUUGGAUUUGUGCUUUUACUGAACUUGGCAGCUUUGAUAUUUGAAGCAAGUUAUACAACUGAUCCCACUGGUCAGUCAGCAAGAUUUGAUUCUGUGGACGAUCUAUUUCUGGCCUUAUAUUGUCUGGAAUUAGUCCUGAAAAUGUUUGGACUUGGGCCACAAGGGUACUUCAGAGAUGUCUGGAACUGGUUUGACAUGGUUAUCGUAAUUGUGAGUCUUGUUGGCCAAAUUGCAGAUGACAACCUUACAAGCUUUGUGUUUCUACGACCUUUGAGGCUGAUCAGAUUGUUUGCUUUGCGAAAGCGAUAUCGUGAUGUACUAUUUACUCUGUGGGUUGUUAUGCCAAGAAUGUCACAUAUGCUAAUGUUGCUGGCAAACAUAUACUAUUUCUUUGCUAUCAUUGGCAUGGAAGUAUUUGCCAACAGAAUUACAAAAGGCAUCUUUAACAACGAGACAGACUCCUACCUAACUACCUACUACAAUGGCGAGAAGACUGGGCGGUAUCAUGAUAUUAAUUUCAACAACAUACUGAGAUCAUACCAGACGCUGUUUGUUCUCACUGUGGUCAACAAUUGGUUUAUUAUCAUGGAUGCUUAUGCACUUGUCUGUGGUGAACUUGCUCGAGCAUACUUCAUGAUUUUUUACCUUGUUAUUCUUGUUAUUGUGACUAUUGUUGUUUCAUUUGUUCUGGAUGCCUUUCUGUCUAUUGACAGUGAACAAAAACAGGCAGAUGAGUCUCAGAAGAGUGUGACUUCAAAGAAAUACAAUGUGACACUUAACACUGAAGAUUUACUGCGUUCUCCUUCAUCAAAUCCAGAAGACAACCUGUUUACGUAUGUUGGUAAGAGACGCAGGACAAAGGAUGAUUUGAGUUUGACACUGUAUAAAGAUGAUAUCCCGAGAUGGAUUGAGGACUAUGAAGCAGUAAUAAAAAGUUCUGGAACUGUGUCUAUAAGUAUGUCACAAAUGAAGCGCCUGUCAACUGCUAUUAAAGGUGAAGAGGAGAGAGUGGGAAAAAACCCAGACCCAGACACUUGAUUACUGGAAAUACUUCAUGGAUUUUAUAAUACAUCAACAACUGUCUCUUUCUUGGGUACUUUUAUUGGUUCUCAGACUGUUUUUCUACUAUACCCUUUACAGCAAUUGAUUUGUGCUGCCACUUUUUUCGUAUUCGAUCAGUAUUGUAAACGUGUGUACCUAGCUAGGCUUCCUACUAUACAUCAGAUCUUCAUUGGGAUGAAAUUUAAGAUUUUGCGAUUGUUGCAGAACUAACACAAAAA